CAGUCUCACAAUUCCAGGGUGGUUUGACGUCUUUGUGAGGGACAAUCACACUCUGCACAAACCAUCUUUCAUAUCGUCAAAAUGGGUAAAGACUCUUAUAACAACUCUGUCAAAAGCCCUUUAUAUGUUGUGAAUAAAAACCGCUUCGGGAGCGCAUACAUAACCUUCUCUAUGUCCAGAUUCGCACAUUUUCCAUUUUCAUCAUUUCCUAUCACGACACCCCUGUUACCAGACUGUUAUCGCCAUUCAAUAGACAGUCCCACAUAUACACAUAUGUAUAUUAACUUACAGGUAUUACACGCCAUGAAGGCCCGAACUCCCGGCCAAAAGCCGGAAUUCGCCCCUUACUAUCACAGUGCAGCCACUCUGUUCAGCCAGGAAAUGACUCCGGAGCCAUCAGACGAUGAGGAAGUCGUCUACCGAGGACGAAAAAAUCUCAAGCCAAACAAGGAGAAUUCUGAUACCUCGAGGACCGUCUCAGGCGCAACAGAAGAUGACUGGUUUGUUCCUGGCGCAGAAGGCCCAAUUCCCAGCAUCGAAGUGAAGACAGUGCCACAUUCUGAAGAGGAUCCCCUCGCAUUCCUGUCUGAGUACCGCGAGGAUGAUGAUUUUUUCUUCGGUCCUCCUUUAGAUCUUAUCACGAGGGCUAAGGCUAUUGAAGAUGCUUAUCAUGAGAGGCUGUUUGAACCUUCGUUGAAGGCACUGGCACCGGCGGCUGUACGGGCUGGCCGGACACACAGAACUGCAGAGAAGGAGGAUACAACUACGAAAGUCAUUGACUUUGCGAACCGAGACAAGAAGCAGGAAUCUCCACUUGACAGCACUAUCUUCGAAUGGUUAGACCGAACCGAAAUGCCCAAGACGAGCAGUGCUACCAGGCCAGACUCUGAGGUGAAGAUCAUCUCAAAGACAAAGAACAAGAGGACAUAUACAAGGAGUCAACGGCAAACGGACAACAGGGCCUCAGACCUACCAGUUCGUCCAGCAAAGGCCAAGUUUAAUCGCGAGAAGCGCAGCAAACAUCAGAACAGAAAGGUUAAAGGGCCCAAUCGACCUCUCCCACCCCUCCCUGUCUCUACUAUAUCCCGACCGGGCACUUCAACAUCCACAGACACAGCAUCAGCUACGAAGCCCGCAACCGUCAUAAAGAAACAGGCGAAGAGGCCUCUCACACCUUCGGAUACAUUUGCCGCUCCUAGCUGCAAGGAAAUACCUUCUAGAGGAGAAGCAGUCAAUUCCGCCGCCGACCCACGCCGCCAGCCCAGGCCCCUGUCUGCAGCAUCAUCUAGCAGAAGAUCAGUCGAUGUGGUUAUUGCCUGCGACGUGGAUCAAAUAAUGGCAUAUAACGUCCCAGCUGCACCUCCCGCUCCAAAGAGUGUUAUCAGCGAGUACACCGGCCCCAUCUACCAAGGCCGCGGUCCCUUCUGGACCGCACAGUACAGAGACAACGAGACGCAUAGAGAGAGCUCUACCAAGAACCGUUCAACGAAGGCCCUGACCGGUGACGAGGCGCUUGAAGAGCUCGACCGUGCGAACAAACGCAUCUGGGAGCUGGAAAUCGAUGCGUCGCGCAGCGCAUGGCAACUCGGGUUUGCGAAUGACCAGCUGCGGGAGUUGGACGGGGCCUUCAAUAGGAUUGAUCGUCUUGAGAAUUUGGUACGACGGUUACAGGCUGAGAAGGCUUGUGCGAUGGACCACCUUGAUUUUGCGGGUGAGGAGAUUCGCAACUUGAGGGAGAGGAGGGAGUGGGAUGCGUACCAGCUUGAGUCUGCCCAGACGAGGAUCAGGGAGCUUGAAGCGGGGACACGGUCGUCUGUUUAUCUGAAGCGCAAGUUGGCAUCACCGUGUCUGUCUCAGAAUAAGAGGACAAAGGCAAAUGAUGAGGAUUAUCUCAGAAGGCGCGAGACAUGGCAGGAGAGGAAGAAUAAGUUCUGGGCGCAGGUGCGGUAAUAAUCUUGCCACGAUACUCCUUCUUUUGUUUUAUAUACUGAAAUAUGCCUCAAGUAUAUCCAAGCUUACUUU